GAAAACAGUCGGAAUAACAGUAACAACGACACGCGAAACAGCUGGAAAGCCUUCCUCCGCGCCUCCACGUGUUCCCUUUUCUUGAAAUGUGGCACUACCGGUCUUAUUCGGGGAUUGAACGCCAAUAAUAGUACACAGGAGAAGAUUCCACAGAAAUCGCGUAGCGAAAAUUGCGCCUCAGAUAAAAUGAGUGCUCAAAAACCUAUAAAAAAAAGGUCUAAAACAAGUUCCAAGCGGUUUCAAUACCAGUGGUUUGAUGACAACCCUUCAUGGAGAAGAUGGGUAACAGUUAUUCCUGAUGAUCCUUCUAAAUUUUUCUGUCGGGCCUGUAAAAGUGUAUUAACUUGUGGUCUCUCAGAAAUGAAACGACACGAAUUAAGAGAAAAUCAUAUAAAAAAUAUGAAAUGCUUAAAUGAUGGGAUCAGAACUACACAAGUGAUAAGUAAAAUAUCGUCUGCCGAUACAAAUAACUUAAAUGAAUUGGAAGUGACUCGAUCUUUGUUAAGUGCAGAAGAUUUUAAUUUUAACGAUCGUGUCAAGGUAGCAGAAAUAAAAUUAGCGACAUUUUUCAUGGAAAAAAAUAUAUCAUUUGGAAUUGCAUCCGAUUUAAUUUUGCUCUUGAAAGAUAUUGGAAAAGAAUUCGGCGCCUUACAAUCGUUGUCUUUAGGGAGAAGGAAAUUAACCCAAAUUAUUAAUAAUGUUUUGUGUCGUAAAGAAACUGAUCGGAUUUCCGCGGCUUUGAGAAAACAUAGAUUUUCAAUAUAUAAAGAUGAAAUAGAUCUUAUGAGUCAUAAAUUGUUUCCAAUAAUGGUCCGUUAUGUAGAACCAGAAACGUUAAUCACUAAAUGUGAUCUACUACAAAUGAUUUAUUUGGGUACUGAUUGUUCGCCUAAUAAAAUAUUCGAAUCUUUAAAAAGUGAGUUGUCGAAAAAAGAUAUUUCACAUCAGUCGAUCGUUGGUCUUGCUUGCGAUAAUGCUUUAGUAAGUAGAACUUCUUCCCUUAAAACAAAAUUAAGUGAAACAAAUCCAAAUCUUAUUACGCUUUCAUGUGUGUGUCAUACUUCAAUGUUGGCAGUAGAAGAGGCUUGUCACGUGAUUCCCAAAUGUUGUGAGCAUUUUGUCAAAGGUAUUUUUACACUUAUUAAGAAUUCCAAAAAAAAAUUAAUACAUCGAAAACUCAGCAUGUUCGUCGAAAAUUCUUCGAUGAUUUCGAAACAUGUAGAAACAUUUUGGUUAUUAAAUUUUAAAUACAUUCAGAAAAUUUUGGAAAUGUGGCAAAUCUUAAGUGACUUUCUAAUGGAACAAUCGAGUAAAAAUAGUCAUUCUGCAAGUGACUUGUACAAGAUUUUUCAAGAUCCUGCGACAAAAGCUUAUUUUUUCUUUUUGAAAUUUACUCUGGACGUUUUUAACAAAUUUAAUAGUAAGUUUCAAGCACGGAACUCUCUGAUUCAUGAGUUACAGCCUUCAUCUAUGGAAUUGUUGCUUUGGUUCCUCCAAAAAUUUAUCAUCCCUCUCUUAAUAGUUCCGAAAAUAUUCGAUGAUACUAUAGAAAAUUUGGAGUUCUCUAAUCACGUAAAUCAUCUCCCUUUGGAAGAAAUUCAUUUUGGUUUCGAAUGCAACACAUAUUUAAAAGAACUAUUAGAUAAGGGAAUUUGCUGUAAAACGGACAUUGAUCUUAUCCGAAAAAACUGUUUAAAAUUCUACGUUAAAGUAAGCGAACAAAUUCGUAAACGUCUACCAGUUAAUGACACAUUUUUGCACAAUGUUGCUGUCUUUUCAAGCAAAUCGGCAUUGUUUGAUUGUGAUCGAGUUUCCACAUUUAAUAAAGUUGUUUAUGUUAAUCGUAGAUUAGGUGGAUUGGCUGAUGAAAAAUUAAUUCAAAAUGAAUGGGAGUCUUUAUAUGAAAUCAAUUCAGACAAGAGGGAAGAGUGGUCAAAGUUGUCAUUUGAUGAUAUGUGGAUACAAAUAAGUUUAUUUUCCACAGAUGAAGGAGUACCUCAUUUUCCAAAUUUACGGUUACUUUUGACAGUAGUGAGAGCUCUUCCUCACUCAAACGUUGAGGUAAAACACAUAGCUUCUCUCAUGCCAAACGCGAAAAUGAAGAAAAAGACUAAUAUAUCAAUUGAAACAAUAAAUUCCAAUUACGUUGUACGGUAUGCUUUAAAGGACAGCGAUAAGACUGCUUGCACUAUGGCAGUAACACGAGAACAUUUAGACUUAAUGACUUCGAAAAACAUUUAUGAAUACGCAAAGUUCGACCAGAAAAUCGAUCUUCCAUUGCCUGUGCAAGAUGCAUAACAGUGAUUUACCCAAAUGAAUCAAGUGUAAUUGAGCAUUUAAAGCCCGAUCUACAUGUACUCUUUGCAUCUAAAAACCUUCUAUUUUGUGACCAAUAAAGACAGUCUCCAAAUUUAUUUCACGCAAGAGCUUUUUACGAUAUCCACUUUAUGUUUUCAUAUUUAUUUAAUGUUAAAGAUUUCAGAAACAGUUCAACUGAAGGAUUAAAAGAAUUGUCUUCACAUGGUAGAAUCUUUUCAGAGAGAGAGAUUUGUUUUAUAUGUGGAAAUGUGAAAGAUUGAAAUGAUUUUGAUACCUUUCUAAUACCCUAGUUUUCUAAAACAAAAAGCUAAAUUAAACUACAACACAAACAAUAGAAGCGGCUUACAGUCAUGCUGAAUCCUAGUACUUACAAUUUAUAAAUUGGUGGGGGGAAGAAGGCAAAUGCGAGCCAAACGCAGGUAUUCGUGCGAAAAUGUUCCAUACGGAACUUUUUAUUGAAUUUGUCAUCUGGCAUGUUCACGUGAGUCUCCAAAUGGCGCCUGAUUCUUAAAAUCUAUAUGUUGUGCACUGAAGUCGAAAUUGUGAAAUCUAAUUAAGGAGUAUAUCUGUAAAAAUCUCUGUAAAAAAACUCUGUACCGCUGUAUCUCUAUAAGCUAUGUAACUCGCCAUGUUGUAGUUUUUACAUUUAAAUAAUUAUCCAGUGCUAAAAUAUACCGAAAAACUCCUAUUAUAAUUUAAUACACGAAAGAAAACAUUUAUUUCAAUUCAGCAGCCGUGAAACAUCUUGUUUUCCUCUUUGAUCAGGCUCGAUUCUAUUUGACGUAUGUAAUAAGUUACGUAUUGAUUACCUAAUCGAAAGGGGAGUUGUCGGAAUAUUUUGCAAGUCCGUUCUACCGAUUACAAAUUCCAUUUUAUUAAAAAGUACUCUUAUUUUACUGUACAUCGCACAAAUUGUCAUGACGAAUGUGAUAUUUGUAAGUGACCGCGUAUCCUUAAGAGACAUCGUAUCGCAGCCGAAGUGGAAGAGUCCACCGAACCGGGAAAUAUGAAUUAUAUGUUCAGCUAACGAAUAUAAGUAAGACUCUAGCGUGAUCUUCCUGCCAAGUCUGACACGAGUAUAGCUUUGAAAUAAUUUAAUAUUUUAUUGGCCUGUUAUUGUUUUUCAUUUGUCUUUAAUAUUUUAUAUUCGAAGGAUGAUAAAUAUGUAAAGCUCGCGCAAACAUUUCUCUUGUAAUGACUAAGGCAUAUUACAAUGUGCUAGAAUCGGAAUGGCCUAAUGCUCGUCAUUAUAUAAUCCCGUGCCUUGUCUCUAAGAAAAAAAAUGUGUAUCGCAUAAGAAGCGAAGAACACGUGUGUGUCCGCUACGUUAUAGGAGUCUCGAGAGGCUAAAUGUGUGAAAUUCGAAAGAUGGGCAGAAGUAAUCGAGAAUUUUGUUAACUGUGCAGUAGAAUGUCCAGCUAGCACCAAAGCUGCAACAACACGGACAUAAAAGCACGUCUGUUUCUCAAGACACGACGAAAGCCUUGCACGUAUUUUCUACGCACCAGCUGGCGCAUUUCACUAUUGUUACGAGUCGUACAACGUCGUUUAAUAAACUCACAAAUUUAUACAAUCCAGAACAAAUAAAAAAAUGAACGUAUCAGUUAAACGAAACAAAUCGACUUACCUAUAGGCAGAAAUGGAAUUGGAAAAAGAAUGACCCGAGCUUUUAACAUGAAGCCAAGACAACACGGUGGGAAAACGUCUCAGGACGAAUCUUUAGAAGCCCGCCUGGGGCUGCUACGAGUGACUUUAAUCCUUAAGCUACGGCUGAACUGAAUGCAAAGCUACGCCGCUGUACAGUUCUACCACGAAGAGUAAGUUAAUUUAUUAAUGCCGCAAUCGGUGUCAUUU